CAACCAUAUAUCGCUUUCCUACUCAGCAUCCAUUUCGUAUGUACAAGUACCUGGCGAUUUGCCAGUGUCGACCCUAUACCCGAUGGCCUCACAACCCCUUUACGCUGACUUGAAACUGCCGCGCAAUAGAGGUCCAGAAGGCGCCUCCAUACGCCUUCUCACCCUAGCCGAUGACCAGUCCUGGCAUCUUAGCAACACCACUUUGGCGGCAUGUCCCAAUUACAAGGCACUUUCCUAUCAUUGGGGAAACCCAAGUGAUACCCUUCCUGUUCAUUGCAACGGAGUCGAGAUCCACGUCACCCGAAACCUCCAUACAGCCCUGGACGACCUCAAGUCGGCAUAUCCCAACGGACUCACCAUCUGGAUUGACGCCAUCUGCAUCAAUCAACGCGACAUAGUCGAGCAGGCACACCAAGUCGCCAUCAUGCGCGACAUCUAUUCCCGAGCCCAGGAAGUCUUGAUUUGGCUCGAGCCGCCACUUCUCCCAAAGAACGUCAAGCAGUGUUUCGAAGCCUGCGAACUUUACGCCUUGCGGUGGAACCUUGCUGCACGCAGGAUCAAAAUCGAGGCGGGCCUGACAGACAAUUACCCGGAGGAGGCGUGGGACCUGCUACAAGCCAUGGCCAUACAGGUCGCUCUCCAGAAGGGCAACCGGGAGAUCUUCCCGCCGAGCAUUAUGGACGGUCUCCUACAGCUCUUCCGGCAGCCGUACUGGAGUCGCGUGUGGAUCAUCCAGGAAAUGUGUCUGGCAAGAGAAGCACGGAUACUGGCGAACGGAUAUUGGCUAUCCUGGACCGACUUCAAGCACUUUCUGCUCAUGUUGGAACACUGUAUGAAGUGGGUUGUGCGGGAAGUCGGCCCGAACUUUCGUGGUCUGAUUCGUCUGACAACCAUUUUCCACCAUCAUGGAGGACGGGGAGGUCCGAGCCUGGCGCAACUUCUCGUGCAGUUCCGAUGGUCUCAGGCAUCGAAUCCGCGAGACAAGGUUUACUCGUUGUUAGGGCUGGCUCCCGCAGAAGACCGCGGACUUGUCAGCGGGGAUGCCGAUGAUCUCUACAAGGUUUCGACCGUUGAGUGUUAUACUAGGGUCAUGUUUGCGCUGCUGCAGCAGACACGCGACCUAACCUUGCUGGUUCACUGCCUGGCGCCGGCUUGCCUGACCAGACAACCUGACCUCCCGUCCUGGGUACCUGAUUGGGCAUACGACGCCUCCAAGCUACCUUCCCCUCGGUUCGGCUUGACCAGCGGGGUCCCCUACCAUCGCUUUGGUGACACCAGGCCCGAGAUAUACCGCGGCUAUCGGGCGUCAGGGGAUUCGCGAUGCCCGACCCCUCUUCUUCGCGAUGGUCCAUCAGGCCGGACACUCGUGCUCCAUGGCAUGACGGCCGGACGGAUCGCGAUAGUCUGCCGAGCGCUAGAGCUCCACCAUCAAUACGCACGACUUGAACAUCCUAGAGGUUCGUUGGAGCCCCGACCCCCGGGCUCCUGGAACGAAUUCAUGUUCUCCGGCGAAGCCACAACACAUUUCUUUCGCACCCUGCUAUUUUACCCCUCUCGUGCGCUGUUUCUCAUGUGGCCGGUAAACACCUAUAGAAAGGGAAGUGCGUUGGAUAUCUGUUUGGAAUGGGCACGCCUCGCAGAGUCUCAUGGGACAUGGCUAGGCUCAGAUGGUGCCCAAAGGGAAAAAGUCGACGAGUUGACGGCCAUGUUCACGACCCUCAUGAAAGGUCGGCGCGGCUGCGACUUUUUCGUGCACGUGCUCACUGACAAUACCCCUGGCGACCUCACCGCUGAGAUGGUCGAAGAAUUCAGGGCGCUGCGCAAUGCCCUGUGGUGGAAUCCCGUUCUCCGCCUGAUGGGCUUCCUCAGCAUCAACCAACGCUUCCCCGGUCUUCACUGGCUUCUCCUCGGAUUCAGCUACGAUCACCACAAAGGCGCACUCCCUCUUUUUGCCGCUGUCAUAGCGCUCGUACAACUAUUCCUUGCCCUCGGAAUGGCAUACGCAUACAUCACCGUUCCCGAAUGGUUGAGGCCGAUGAGCCUCUUUUGGAUGGCCCUCGCCACGUAUGGGAAUUGGAACAUUCUUUUGCCGGCAAAGCCAAAGUGGCUGGACGCGGCACUUAUCACACCCUUGGACUACGGCAUGGCGAGAUUGGAAGACGGAAGGCUCGCGUUAGUCCCGCACAAUACCUUGCCCGAGCACGAGAUUGCGUUGUUCAAGGGGAGUCCGUGUCCAUUUGUGGUUCAGAGGGAGGGCAAGGGAUGGAAGUUGGUAGGCGAUUGUUAUGUCUAUGGCAUGAUGGAAGGAGAAAUGUGGAGGGAGGGAGAAUCAAAGGAGAUGGAUAUCGUCUAGGGCGUGUGCAGACUGUGAGAAUUGUGGGUGACGUGAAUCGUCUUGAGGUUUUCCGGACGGAGAGAAAGACGAAGACAUGAAAGACCCGUCAUUCACACACAGCAGCUAGUUAACAGAAGGAUUGGCAACAGAUGAAACGAAAUAGGUCUAAACC